AUGGGUACAUUUCCGACCGACAGGAUACCUUGUCCAGGAAUGAUUAAGCCAACAAUUCAUCCUUACUACCAAAUGGAAAUUCCUGCCAUUGCUCCAGUACCGUUUCAUCCUUCCUUCACUCACCUUACUAAGUCCAAUCCUGAGCCAACGAAUUUUCAAACUCUUGCCAAACUUGCCUUCCCCGAUGAUCUAAGCUUGCGUCACCAUGUCACGACAUCGAUAUGCUCAUAUCAUUGUGCACAGUGUCUGUCUCAUGACUUUUCCUAA